AGCUAUUCUACCACCAUUCGCGAUCUUUCGCCUAUCUCGGCGAAUAUCUCGCCGGGGGCAACCGCUCUUUUUGACCUGAACUUGCGCCAAAUAUGGAUUCUCUCCUCAAGACCGUCAGUGAGAGUUGGAUGCACCUUCUCUUAGGAGCGGGCGUGCUGCUUACAGCGGCCUUUUAUGGACUCUUCGUCCUACUCCACCUCAUUGCACCUAAACCCCGAGCUGUGUUGCCCUCCGAGAAAACCUACAUCACCACCACCCCUAAGAGCAAAGAAACCGUCCGAAGGCAAUUGCCAUGCUGGCAUGACCGCUGGCUGGCCGAACGCCGCCAAAGCGAGCAAUUAGAGCGAAAAGGGAGCGAUCCUGCUGCGGCCUUCGUACCUGACACCGGAGCCAUUGAGCCGGCUGAGGUGCUGGUAAGCGUUGUCUUCCCAGCUUACAACGAAGAGAAACGGAUUCUGCCUACCCUGGAGGAAGCGGUCGAAUAUCUUGAUGCAACAUAUGGCCGCGCCACCCACCUGAGGCCAGACAGCGGCGCUAAGAAGCCGUCAUCUCGCCCAGCUACGCCUCGUCGCCAUCCUCAUGCUCAGAACACGCCACGCGAGGAUCUCUCCGGCUAUGAAAUCCUCAUUGUAAACGACGGAAGCAGUGACAAGACGGUAGAUGUGGCGUUACAGUUCGCGCGCGAGCACGACUUGCACGACGUUCUGCGCAUCGUGACGCUCGAGAAGAAUCGCGGCAAGGGUGGGGGAGUAACGCAUGGACUACGCCACGUACGGGGCGCAUACGCCCUGUUUGCCGACGCGGAUGGAGCUUCUAGGUUCAGUGAUCUGGGCAAGCUGGUGGAGGGUUGCGAGGAGGUAGUAGACGGGGCGUACCGAGGCCUUGCCAUAGGUAGCCGUGGCCACCUCGUGGGCAGCGAAGCGGUGGUGAAGCGAUCGGCGCUCCGGAACUUCCUGAUGCGCUCAUUCCAUCUCGUCCUCACAAUCUUGACGCCGCCGGCGACAAGUCGCAUUCGCGACACGCAGUGCGGAUUCAAGCUGUUCUCUCGCGCCGCCCUCCCCCACAUCGUUCCUUACAUGCACGCCGAAGGGUGGAUCUUCGACAUCGAGAUGCUCAUGUUGGCCGAGUCGGCGCCCGCCGUGCCGGUGCUCGGGUCAGACGGCGCUGUUAUUGGCAGCUCCCCCGGCAUUAAGGUCGCAGAGGUCCCUAUAGAUUGGCACGAGGUCGAUGGAAGCAAGCUGAAUGUCAUUCAAGACAGUAUCAAGAUGGCGGUGGGUCUCGCCGUGCUACGCGCAAGCUGGAUGAUGGGCGUGUAUAGGAGACGUCUGACAUAGGCUGCGUUUUAGCCCUCCCAGUACCUAUAGUAGAAUCGGGAAUCGAAUGGGCGUCUUGUUUUCCCCCUGUAUAUUUAUUUGCAUUCCCAAUCUGCCGCCAUACGCGUUGUGUUCUAUAUACCCCCUAAAAUAAACAUAGCGUUGCGUUACUUUGUCUUGUACCGAUUCCGAUAUCUUGCCUGACUGAAACAUGGUGAACGAAGUGUGCUGGCAUCUCUCGCUAUGAAGUAUGGUAUAGCAGGAUGAUUCGCCGGCUCAGGAUUCCUCAACUAAUAGCUACCCAUUUUGACUUUUCUUCAUCAUCCCUGCAUCAAAAGAUCACGAUAUCAGAUCUUUCGGAAACAAUGAAGUAAAUAAAGAAGAUAAUGAUGACGACCUUACUAAUAAUACCUUCCUAGCUUCGUUUACAUCAACAGUCCCCAGGGGGACUAAAUCAUGCUU